AAACAAUCCAUUAAGCCAAAAAAGCAGAAAUUUUGAAGAAGCAACGUCAACGAAUCGGAUAUUCUGCUCCGCAUACCCUAAAAUCUUCUGAGAAACAUGUCGUCCAACGUUUCACACCAAGCUUAUACUUUAAUGAUGAAAGUCACCGUUGAAGGGCGGCCAUUUGUAAAGGAUAUCCAUGAUUUAUUCGCUACACUCAUCAUACAAAACCGCUUGGACACCCAUAGAAGUCUGUUCAGAACGUACCCUAGUACAUUUACAACGGAAGAAGCUGUACAAAAUUUGGGAAACCUCAAAUUCACGCAUACAACGAAAACACCCGACCCGACCGACUUGAAGAGAGCCAUCAUCACAACCACCACCACGACGUUCAGUAUGACCCGAGACAUGGCCAAAACACUAUGCCAGCAUUUCUUAGAAGCUCAUUUGAUUGAAUGUGCAACCGAUAUCAAUAAUCGAACAGCUUUUAGAGACAAGGGUAUAUGGCAAGUUACUCCGAAAGGAUUGUGUAUACUUGAAGAUUUUUGUAGCCGGACUAUCGUAGAUGUGGCACAUCUCCGCGCGCCGCUAUCACGAGUUGUGCCCAUCAAAGUCAUUAUGCUUGAACGUCACCCCGACGAUGACCAACUGGCACUGACCCGUAAAAACGUUCUGAUCCUUUUCAAAAUCAUGAUGGGCUCACUGACAUUUGAAGAGUCCAGCAACCAUGAACUGAAUGCAAUUGAGUCACAGAAUGAGUACGCUCAGAAUAAUUCCGAUGCCAACGUACCCUUUUCUAUCCUACAGCCUGCCACCGAAGACAUCGGCGAUGGCGGUAACCGCAUUUUGAAUGGAAACAAGUUACUCACAACUCAUGUCAGUCGACAUCGAGCAACUUUGCAAAAGCAUCAAGCAAACCUUGAAAAGUAUACCAACGCCUUCCGCGGGCUGAAUCGACGGAAUUUCAAUGGCUCGAUUUGUUGUGAGUGGCUAUUAGAUCACACCACAGUCGUUACCAAAGACGAAUCCGAAGUCAUUGCCGCUCAAUUCCUACGAUAUGGGUGGAUUGAGCCUGCCACAGAGAAGGCUGUAACACGGAUAAGAGAUGAAUUCAAGCCAUUCAAGAGUAGCAAAAGUGCCGUUUACUGUUUGACCGAUAACGGCCGCGGUGUCGUAUCAUGGGAACAAGAACUUCAAAAUAGCGAUCUUUCUAGCAAUGACGGACAUAGCAUUAUGAGUGGCCCAGAGGCUGAGCAGAUUGGCUUAGUUCAGAAGGCAAAAGACCAGGCUAUGCGUCUUCUCACCGGCAUGCGCGGUCAAAGCGGCAAUGACAGUGUGGGCGAAGAGGCUUCGUUGCAAGAAAUGCUAGCUGCAGAUCCAAUUGAAGAGAAACAGCGAACGAGUUCUGAAGGUACAAGACAUAGUCAGCAGCCACCCUUGGUUCAUCGAUCCGCAUCCAAAUCGUCCUCGUCAGCAUCUGGUGGCUCAGAGUCAGUCAUCAAAACACCUACCGAACAAGAUGCUAGCAUUGUCGCAUAUAUAACCAAGGACACAGACCCAUCAGCAAGACUUGCGCCACAUGUUCCUCCACCACCAUACUCAAGACCUCGGCCACCAAGUACCAUAGACAGCCGAAAUAGCAAUUUUUCAAACUUCUCCUAUGCCAGCUCCCAGAAUGAUAGUAAAGAAUCCAACGCAACGAAAUUACGACUGAUUCUUGAUGAUCCUAGUUUACGAUCAUUGUACAAAUCGUUCUUAAGAGCAAACUUUUGUGAAGAAAAUCUGGAUUUCUGGAUCGAUCAUAGUAACCUGCGAAGAAAGUAUCGUAUCCAAUCGCCAGCUCUCACGUCGCGGAAUCAAUCUGAUUUACUGGAGGAUGCCUACGCUAUAUACACUACUUAUCUAGCUGCCGGGUCGCCGAACGAGCUCAAUAUUGAACACAAUCUGCGAAAGGAGAUGUCUAAGUUUGUGUCCAACAUUGUCACUAUCAUACCUGCCUAUACCCCAACAACAAAAUCCAGCAUUGUCAUAUCAUCACAUGGAGUAUCCCAUAACCUACGAACCAUGAUGAAGAUGUUGCAAAAAGUUGAUGAUCAUAUCUGUAGGUUGAUGGCAACCGACUCCGUACCAAAGUUCGUGCGUACCAAGGGAUACCUGCGAAUAGCCGGAGGCAAAGAGCGCCCCAGCUAUACCACGAGCCUUAAGUUGGAAACCGGUGAUCUGGAAGAUGAAGUAUUUGAUGACGACUUGGAAGAGGAGGUUGAGAGCCUUGAUAUAUCUUCAAAUACUGAGCGACCGGUAUCACGAGCCCCUCCUAGUAGUCUGAUAUAAACCCACAUUGACU